AUGGCUCGGGCGGAGCUGGGGAGGAGCCCAAGAAGGCGGGCUGGUCCAGGGGUGCGUCCAGGGCGUGUCCUGGGCCGGGCCAGCGUGGUGGGUUCGGCUCAGGGGCAGUGUCCGGGGUGGACCCGGGUCGGGGCUCAGCCUGAAGACCGUGCUGAGUGUCCCGGUCUCUGGGUUGGCUCGCGGUGCGCCCCAGGCUUCCCCAAUUUUGGCCUGCUGCUGUUGCUGCUCUUUGCGCCCCUGAGCACUCCUCAGGAGGGGGCGGCUGGACUCAGGGUUCCGAGACAAGCCAGAUUGCUGCAGAGGCUGAGAACCAAGCCCUUGAUGACAGAAUUCUCAGUCAAGUCAACCAUCAUUUCCCGCUAUGGCCUUUCCACAGUCACCUGCAAAGUCCUCAACAGGGCAUCUGAGGACCAGGAGAUGAACUUCCAGAUGCAGAUUCCAGCUGCUUUCUUCACCAAUGUUACCAUGCUCAUUGGAGACGAGGUCUAUGAGGGAGAAAUUACAGGAAAAGGAAGGAAAAGUGAUGAGAAGGUCAAAGAGAAAAGGAACAAAACCACAGAGGAUAAUGGCGGUAGGAGGGGAACUGAGUCCUUCCAAGUGUCCGUGGUGGUCCCCAGCAAGAACAAAGCACAGCUUGUCCGUUCAUAUGAGGAACUUCUGCAGAGGCGGCUGGGCAUGUAUGUGCACUCGGUCAGCGUGAGGCCGCAGCAGCUGGUGGGGAGGCUGACGGUGGAGGUGAACAUUCUGGAACCGUCUGGUCUCCUGGCGCUGGAUGGGUGCCAGCCCUGCAGAACAGGCCGGCAGAAGGGCAGUGUGCGGGCAGAUGCAGACCCUGGGCCUCCUCCUUCUACCAUAAUCACCCAAAAUGAAACGUUUGCCAGAGUCGUGUUUAAGCCGAGUGUGGUGCAACAGGCCAAGAUCGCACAGAAUGGCCUUCUGGGAGACUUCACUGUUCGCUAUGACGUCCGUCGGGAUGAGAAUGUGGGGGACAUCCAGGUCCUAGAUGGCUAUUUCGUUCACUACUUUGCUCCCAAAGAUCUGCCCCCUUUACCCAAGAAUGUGGUGUUCGUGCUUGACAGCAGCGCAUCCAUGGUGGGGACCAAACUCCGGCAGACAAAGGAUGCCCUCUUCACCAUCCUGCACGACCUCCGGCCCCAGGACAGCUUCAGCAUCGUUGGCUUCUCCGACCGCAUCAAAGUGUGGAAGGACCACUUGGUUCCCGUCACUCCGGACAGCAUCCGUGACGGCAAAAUCUAUAUCCACCAUAUGUCCCCCACGGGCGGCACCAACAUCCAGGACGCCUUGCAGAGAGCCAUCUCGCUGCUCACCAAUGCCGCGGCCCACAGCGACCCUGAGUCCCGUGGAGUGUCGCUCAUUGUCUUCCUGACGGACGGGAAACCCACCGUGGGCGAAACCCUUGCGCCCCGCAUCCUGAACAGCACGCGGGAGGCCGCCCGCGGCCGUGUCUGCAUCUUCGCCAUUGGCAUCGGCGACGACGUGGACAUCGUGCUGCUGGAGGAGCUGGCGAGGCAGAACUGCGGCCAGGCCCGGCGUGUGCAGGAAGCUGAGGAUGCGGGGUCCCCACUCCUAAAGUUCUACAAUGAGAUCAGGACACCCCUCUUGUCGGACAUCCGCAUUGACUAUUCGCCCGGCGCGGUGAAACAGGCCACACGAACCCAGUUCCCCAACUUCUUCAACGGCUCAGAGCUCGUGGUGGCCGGCAGGCUGGUGAAGCACUGGCCAGGGCCACUGCAUGUGGAGGUCACGGCCAACAAUAGCGAGUUUGUGGUCCUGAAAACAGAUGUGCCCGUGGGGUCCGGUGAGGGUGACCGUGGGGACCCCAACCCGCUGCAGCGUCUCUGGGGCUACCUGUGGACCAGGGAGCUGCUGGCUGCCUGGCGGCACAGUCGGGCCGAGUCUGAACGGGAGCGACUGAGACAAGAGGCCCAAGCCCUCGCCCUGAAUUUCCACUUUCUCUCGCCUGUCACCGCCUUGAGACUGAAGCCUGUGAGAGCUCCGGUGGAGCCUGGGCCCAGCACGUUGGCCGUGCAGGGUCCCGAGACCAUGGUGCGGGGAUCGGGCCUGCAGCUAGACCCUGACUCCAAGAAAGCAAAUGACCCCAAGAUCAAAAUCUCAAGAACAUCAGUGGAUGGAGACCCCCACUUUGUGGUGGACUUUCCCCGGAAUCAGCUCACUGUGUGUUUCAACAUCGACGGGGAGCCUGGGGACAUCCUGAGGCUGGUCUCUGAUCACAGCCACUCGGGCGUGACGGUGAACGGGGAGCUCAUCGGGGCACCAGCGCCACCCACCGGCCACAAGAAGCAGCGCACCUACUUUCGCACUCUGACCAUCCUGGCCAACCAGCCCCGAAGGUCGUACCUGGAGGUCACACCGCACCGUGUCAUUGUGGACGGAGAAGACAGGCUGGUCCUGCCUUGCAACCAGAGUGCCCUGGUGGGCCGCCCUGGGCUGCGGGUGGCGGUGGCGGCUGGAGCCAACAUCACCGUCACCAUCCAGGACACCAUGAUCUUUGUCAUUCUCAUCCAUCUCUACAAGAACCCUGCGCCCUUCCAGCGGGACCAUCUGGGCUUCUACAUUGCCAACGGCACUGGCCUGUCGGAGCACUGUCAUGGACUCCUGGGCCAGUUCCUGAGCCAGGAUGCCAGCCUCACCCCAGUGCCCAUGGAGCCCAGCCAGCACCCCAAGGACCCUCAGCUCCCGGAGGCUAUGCUCAAGAUCGGAAGGCACAGCGCCCCUGUGUACUGGAAGCAAAGAAGGAUCCACAAUGGGGAGGAGCAGGUCGACUGCUGGUUUGCCCGGAAUGCGGCACUUCUGCUGGACGGGACGUACCGCAAUUACCUGGCUGCCCAUCCCUUCGAUGUGAACAUAGCCUUCACCCCGGACCCAAACCGGCCUCGCAGACAUUAG